AUGAACCCCACCAAUGCCUCCCAGCAUUCCUCCCGCAGCCAUCUCACCCCCGAGGCCUCGCUCCGCCCGCGCAACAAGCGCCUGGUCUCGGCCGGCGACGACGACCUCGACCGCGACUCCAAUGCCGCCGCCAGCCUAGACGGCAGCCGCGCUGCCUCGCCCUCGGCCUCGCCCUUGACCUCGAGGACCGCCUCUCCCAUUCCCGGUGCCGGCCCCUCGCGCUCCAGCUCCUCGCAGGCCGCAAGCAGGUCGAGGGAGUCGACCAUCAGCAAGAGCACCUUCGGCCGCAGCCCGAGCAGCAAUGCGCAGGAUCCGCUAGCCCAGCUCUCCGGCCUCUGGGGUAGCUCAAUCUCCACGUUGCAGGGGCUCGCUUCCAACGUGCUUGGCAGCGACACCAGCGGAGACGUGCCCAGGAAGCGCAGGCCCUUCGAAGCCACCCAUGGCCGCAAGACGACGACCAGUGCGCCCCCCGCCCAAUGGGGCCCUGCGGCACGAGACACACAGAUCGGGACGGGGACGAAGGAGGAGCGGGAAGCUAUGGUCAGGGCCAUGAAGCGGAAAGACCUGCUCAUGGCAAACGGACACUUGAACAUGGAUGCCACGGGGAAGUUCAAGCGGAGGAACUCGGACGAGCGCAUUUCGUCGUCAGCCCCGCCGACGGAGCAUGACGACCGUGACGCGCUGGUCUACAUCCACCGCGUGCGGCCUGAGGACACGCUUGCCGGCAUCACCAUCAAGUACAACUGCCAGGCCCCUCCUCUCCGCAAGGCGAAUAGAAUGUGGGCCCAAGACAGCGUGCAGACGCGCCGCCAUUUGGUUAUCCCUGUGGAUGCCUGCGGUGUGAAAGGCCGCCCUGUGCCACCACCCGAAGAGCAGAAGCCAAAACAGCCUAACGUAGAAGAUGACUUGCUACUGCCCACCCCGGGCGCCGAAUACCCUCCCAUUCACAGCACCAGCCUCCCUACCAACGGCUGGCAUGGUCCCGCAUCUGUCUCGACCUCGAAUCUCUCUAAAUCCGUGACCGCAUCAGAAACAUCUACGAACGCCGAUAACGAGCCGCCAUGGAAACACGAGGGCUGGGUCAUGUUACCACACAGCAAGGACCCCAUCGAGAUUGCCCGCCUGCCACGCAGAGAUCUUGGCUUUUUCCCGCCCGCUCGCCGGAAAAGUUUGACCUUCUCGGACAACGACUCCGCCGUCCGGACGCCGUCUGCAUCGCUCGAGCUGAACCGCUCCGAUACAAUAACUUCAGCAUCAUCAAUGACUUCGCAUGGCACCGCCAAAUCGCCCCGCCAAAGCAGCAGCAGUAACGUUCCUAACCGCCACCGCCCGCGCGCCCCAAGUAUCACUCAGAGUUUCAAACUUGACGGACCUGGAGGUGUCGGCACCUUUAACAGGAAUGUCCGCAAACCAGGUCCUGCACAAGAUGGUUUGAAUAAAUUAUUCGGUCAGCACCUGCCAAACCUCGCGCCGCCACCGGGCAAGGAUUACUUUGGCACCUGGAACCCAGCAGCGAUGUCGGAGGCUAAAGCAGCUGGGGAUUCUAUGGGCCCGUCAGGCACCGCGACACCUGUCGGAGUUGGCGGCGUCGGCGGUAGCUCCAGCGGUUUCGAUCUCGCUCAGGUUGGUGGCGCCAUCGAGGGUUGGAUGCGCAAGGUGGCAACGCAAGCGUCGACGCUCGUUCCGCCGGCGCCGCUAACGCCUAUCAAAUCUGGUGCGACCGCCGCAGACAGGCAGCGAGCGGCCGGUGCUGGAAUAGGUCCUGCAGGAAUGGGCGGCGAUAUCAACGAUUUGAUUGAGCUGACGGACGCCUUCGAGGUCGGCGAGGACGAGGAGGAGGAGACGAACCGCGGACGCUCCGGCACCGGAAGUGGAAGGCGCGGGCCUGCCGACAGUGUCAGGAGGCGGGAAGCACGCAGUGGCACGCCGAGCAAGGGGGCAAAGGGCGAUUAA